AACGAUCAACAACCAUGGCUGUGUUUGGACUCGUCUCAGCUGUGGCUGGGUUCGUGAAAGUGCGCUACCUGCACGAUAAGGCUAUCAUUGAUAAUAUGGUAUUCCGGUGCCACUAUCGCAUCACCAGUGCGAUCCUAUUUGCCUGCUGCAUUAUCGUCACAGCGAACAAUUUGAUCGGAGAUCCGAUAUCCUGCAUAAACGAUGGAGCCGUACCCGGGCAUGUGAUUAAUACCUAUUGCUGGAUUACGUACACGUUUACCCUGCCCGGUCAGCACGGGCGCGCGAUGGGGACGGAGGUAGCCCACUCCGGGCUAGGAAACGAUAACCAGGAACGAACGUACCACAGCUACUACCAGUGGGUACCGUUCAUGCUGUUCUUCCAGGGUCUGCUAUUCUACGUACCGCAUUGGAUUUGGAAAAACUGGGAAGAGGGCCGCAUGCGUAUGAUCACCGAAGGUAUGCGAGGAGUUUCGACCGCAAGCCCGGCAGAGCGUAAGGUGCGCCAUGAGCGAUUGGCUCAAUAUUUGUACGACAGUGCCAACACGCACAACACGUAUUCGUUUGGAUAUUUCAUUUGUGAAGCACUCAAUUUCAUCAAUGUGGUGGGCAAUAUUUUCUUCGUUGACAAAUUUUUGGGUGGUGCUUUCUUAACCUACGGAUCAGAUGUGCUAAGAUUCUCGAAUAUGAACCAAGAAAAUCGUUCUGAUCCUAUGAUUGAGAUAUUCCCGCGAGUGACUAAAUGUACGUUCCACAAGUAUGGUUCUUCGGGAAGCAUUCAAAAGCACGACGCACUCUGCGUACUGGCUCUAAACAUUCUAAAUGAAAAGAUUUACAUUUUCUUAUGGUUCUGGUUCAUCAUUCUUGCCGUCGCUUCCGGUUUGGCCAUCGUGUAUUCGGCCGCCAUCGUGAUGAUGCCCACGACGCGAGAAGCCGUACUUAGACGUCGUUUCCGAAAAGCCAACCCGGUGGACGUUUGCAAUCUUAUUCGCCGCGUGCAGAUUGGCGAUUUCCUCAUGAUUCAUCUGCUUGGUCAAAAUCUCAACGUUACCUCGUACGGUGAGAUGCUGCACACGUUCAUCAACAUGCUGGACGAAAGCCGACCAAUCUCGGGCGAUACACCCUCGGCACCGUCGACGCUAGAAAUGGCACCCAUGUAUCCGGCGAUCGAGAAAUACGACAAGGAAAAGGAGGUAUUGCAUCAGGACUACGAAGCUUAAAUAAUGUCUGCCUCCCCGAAACCCGUGAGCAAACGUGAUCAGAAAUUUACGAUAUAGCUCCACGUACGCACG